AUGACCUCAUCGCCUCUUCUGCUAAAUGCUGUCAUUUCCGUGUCGGCUCAACAUCGUGCAAACAGUACCAAGGACGACAAAAUGGUCUUUCAAACAGCGGCAACCUCGUACUACCUACGGUCUUUGUCCAGCCUGAAACAUUGGAUACCAUAUAUUUCGUCGCUGCAGGAGGCUUCAGCUUGCUAUGACUUCGAAGCACUUGAGAUAGUGCUGUUGGCAUCUAUCUUUCUAUGCAAGCACGAGAUCAUCAAGGCUGGUGUUGCGAAUUGGCGGCAUCAUCUCCUUGGUAUCGAGUCAUUUUGCCAAUUCUUAGAGAUGCACCAACCUGCGCAUAUGACCGAGACAAUAAUGUACGCCCGAAGCUUGUAA